AUAAACUCGUUAAUUAUAAUAUACUAAUAUACUCGUAUAACUAAAUACCAAGACAUUAUUGAGAUUAUUGAUUGUUGUAAUUUUGAAUUGAAAAAAAAGUUCAGCUAUUGUUCAGAUAAAUAGUCGAUCAAUAGAGAAAAUACGAUGGCAAAUCUUCCUCCACGUAAAAAGUCUGCUUCUUGUAAAAUAUCUAAACAAGAUACCAACCCUCUUCAAAUACUACUGCAAAUGGGAUUUCCUAAAAAAAGAGCCUUGAAAGCUUUAGCUGCGACCGGAAAUCGUAGUGUUCAAUUAGCAUCUGACUGGCUUCUCACUCAUGUUAAUGACGCUUACAUCGACGCCGAUGAACCUCGAGAGUUCAUUUUUUAUGCAAUUCCAACUGGCCCUUUGUUCACCCAGCUUCAUGACUUUUGGGAAAAAUCUAAGCAAACUGGAUGGAAUGGAGCACACAACUUUCCACCCCAUAUUACACUUGUACCAUCUUUUAAGGCUGCUGAUGAUACGUCCCUACAGUUAGCGAAAGCAGUCAAGCAGGUUAUAGAGAGUGUAGGGAAACCACCUGUCUGUCCAAUAAAAUUAGAACCCUAUAUAUCACCAAACUUUAUGGGUCUAUUCAUAUCGGAGGAGCAUGAGGACUAUUUAAAAAAAAUUGCUCUACAAUAUGCCAAGCAAUUAUCAACUAUUCUGGGUGUUAAGGUGGAUACUAAUGAGCAAUCGAAAAAUUGUAUAAAUCCCGAAGAUCAUUCUAAUACAUUUACUAAUGUCGAGGCCCAGAACAAGUCUCUGCACAUAACAUUGGCUUACCAUUUUGACGUGACUGCUUACGAUGCUCUCAAGGCACUCGUUGACGAGCUCGAUCUGAGUCAAAUGCAGACUCCAGCUUGGGAACUCCGACUUUACUCGAGGGAUCCACGAUUUACUAACCACCAAGUAUAUAAAGUUACCCAAAGCUACGUGCCGGAGGCCAGUGAUGAACUGGAGUUGGUGCUCGGCGAUUACAUUUACAUUGAAGAGAAGCAGUUUGACACCUCGCUCGACGGCUGGGUUUAUGGUACAUCUUGGCUCACAGGCGUGAGCGGAUACCUGCCCGGCGUGUGCGCGCGCCGCACGCCCGACUCGGACGCUUGGACGCUACACCGCGCCAUCUCUUUGACUACCAGCAACAGCAGUGAUAGUAAGUCGGAAUCGGAUUCCAAUACCGACGUUGAGAUGGCGACGAGCUACCCGCACGAGGACGCCGACAAGCUGGCCUUGGAAAAGUCCGAAGAGGUGUACAAGACGUGGGAGACUUACUGGAAAGCAGCAACUCUCAAUCAGACGGAGAAUAUCUUACAACAAGGUUCAUCCGAUAAAGAUGGAAACAGCGUCACCAAUAAAGAAAACGGUGAUACAAAUGCCACCGUUAGCAGGACUGAAGUAAAACAGACAAAUGGGAGCUCGGGUAACGAGCGACGCUGGCUGUUCUCCCUUCGCCACGGAGAGCGCAUCGACCUCACGUACGGUUCGUGGGUGCCGUACUGUUUUGACGAGAACGGCACCUACACCCGCAAGGAUCUCAAUAUGCCCCUGACUUUGGCGGAUCGGGCGGGCGGCGCGGAGUCGUACCGGCGCGACACGCCGCUGACGCGCGUGGGCGAGCUGCAGGCGCACCUCGUGGGCGAGGGGCUGCGCGCGGCCGGCGUGCGCCUGCACCGCGUGUACGCGUCCGCCGCGCUGCGCGCCGUGCAGACCGCGCACCACGUGCUGCAGGGUCUGCAGGCCGAUCCUUCCGUGAGGGUGAGAGUUGAGCCCGGGUUGUUCGAGUUUAAGUUGUGGCACGCGACCAAGGGAUUGGGGCCGUUUAUGACGCCGCUGGAGUUGCACAAAGCCGGUUUUACUGUUGACCUCGACUAUAAACCGUAUGUAGAAUUGGACAUAAAUACCACGGAAACGAUGCAAGAGUUUUACGAACGCAAUGAAUAUGUAAUACAAUCUAUUGCUAAGGACAAAGAACAAGAAGGUGACAAUAUAAUGUUCGUGGGUCACGCGACGACAUUAGACAUAAUGGUAACGGCUCUGAAGCGUCUCAAAGUUGAUAGGAAGGAGUUUCCUCCUUACCAGCUGGGCAACUUCCUGGCGCGCGUGCCGUACUGCGCGCUGGGCGCCAUGCGCGACCGCCCGCUGCAGGUGACGUCACCGCCCUGCCCGCCCUCCAUCAAUUCCAGCUCGGGCCGGUUCGACUGGAAACUGCUGAUGGAUGUCGAGAAUGAAAUUGAAUAAAGCAGUCGAUAGUUACGUUCGAGCCCAAAACGAGUCUCGCUCUCGGAAAUGUUUCUAUCAAUUGUUUAUUAAUAAUAGCUUAUCAAUUUGCCAUUUACUAUAUUAAGACGUAAAUUUAAAGCCCUGAAAAAUUAAAAAAAAAUAUAUUAUCCUAGUUUUCUAUAUUAAGGAAUAGCCAUUUAAGGGAAAGCAGCGAAAUUGCUCAAUUAAUGCUUAAAGAAAAUAAAAUAACGAAACAAGCAAAUAAAUACAAAAAAAUACGAGGCUGUAGUUUUCGCCUAUUAAAAUUAUAAAGAGAAAUAUUAAUAAAAUGUCUCACUCAAUAAUAGUUAAUAAUUUU